CAUAUCUAACCUUUGUUUAUAUUUGUGUGUUUCAGGCAUCUCGUGAGAAAAAUAGCGCGAAUGCAAAAGCUAGGAAGCACUAUCACCAUCUGGGUGCUCAGUCGUAUGGUCAGGUGAGAGAAUCGUGGAUGUACAACCAUUACCCCACGAUUGCGUCGACCACGGCAUCGGGCACUAGCUCUACGACAACAGUUGCACAUCGGCAACCAGAUAGAGCGCUCGAUUGGUGGUGUUCCAUGCAUGGGGUUGAUGCAAAGGGACAGAGAGUCAUACCUGAUCCCGCAACAAAACAGAUAGCUAAUGCCAUUAUUGGCUUGAAGGAAAAGGAGGUAACUGGUGAGUUCACUCCUAGAGGACAAGUUGAUGCCUUACACGAGACUCUAGGACGGGACCAAUAUGGACGUGUAAGGGGCGUAGGAGGUGUCCGCCUCGGGGUCAGAAAGGUGUAUGGUGAUCAAUACACCUCUACGUCAAGAUCCAGUGCCUCUAGUGUCAAUUCAUCACCUUCCAUAGAUGUGGAGGCUAUGAAAGCCCAUCUUCGGGAGGAGCUCAGAGAGAUGGUCAUGGUAGUUUCAUUAUCGUGGCUUAAAGGAAGGGACCGGGUACGAUUGCACAACCAGCCAGUCGCUGAUAUUCACUAUGUGGUCAGCGUUUCAGACAUUGUGCCCGGUUUCGAAGCAUUUCCUCUUCCGCUGCCGAACGCAGGAGUUGGUGUACAGUUAUUGUCUGAUGCCCUUGGCAGUUAUAUUCUAUGGCCGCGUGCAUUGGUGCGGUUAUCAGAUCAGGCCGACAGGAAGGGAAAGAAGGUAGCUUCACCUCAGGGAGGCCGACGUGCCCAAGUGGAGAAAAUAAAUGUUUCUACGGCAAAGUCUCCACUCAUUACGGAUAUGGAGGUGGUGCAAGGCCUUACUCAACCAUGCUUCUGGCUACAUGAGUGCGUUAGCGAUGCAGACAAUGAAGCAAUGAUUGAGAUUAAGUUGUCGGACCACAAAUUCCACUACAUUGAGGAAACAUCGACCUUCAUUUCUAAGGUUGAUAUUAAAGAAUUCUUACUUGAGGAAGAGUUGAAUGUUUCCAUGAUACAAACAUUCAUGAGGCUAUUAUACAAUGAUUUGAGGCAAUCUAGUCAGCCAAUGUUUGGUUGGUUAUGUCCAAGCUUUGUACGAGAUAACAGUUGCGUACAAAACGAAAAGGAGGUGAAAGCAUAUCUCAAGGAUUCUUUGAACGCAUGUUCUCGUAGUGGAUAA